UCCAAACAUACGACUCGGAUAUGCUGUUCUCAACUCUAAACCCGCUCAGGAAUGAGUAGCAGCGGAUACGCGGCCGUACACAACUAUUUCAGUCGUUACUGCGCACGUUAUGCAUGCAAUUUCGUCCUACCUAAAAGCACGCUAAAGUGGCUCGUCAGUUCACUAGGAGUAUCAUGUAACAGGACACUGGCUGGCCCCGGCUUGUGAAGCAGGAGCGAAGAGCUAUCAAUCCCCGGACCACCGUUAUUCGGUGUGUGUUGAGUCCAGAGAGCGCUGCUGAGGCAGGGGAACCGCUGCUCUAAUGCUGCCCUGACCGCACCGGCUAUUUUCACGCGGUAUCUUGUUUUCGUCCGAACACCAGAUCAGGUUUUACUGCGGGACAAGAUGUUGCAAGUGCUGGUUUGCGGCGUUGUGGUCUUCCCCGGUCUCUUCUUCACUUUUAGAAAAGUGCUUCCGUCCAUUUUUAAGCGGUGGACAGAUGCCGACGUCGUGCUGGUCAGCGAGAGGCUGGUGUCGUCUAUUCACGCUGUUAUGGCCACUACAGUUGGCAUCAUCGUGGUGUCCUCGUGCAAAGACAAUGUGAUUAUGGACCGGCACUGGCUGACCACCUAUUUUGUCAUCUGGUACGGUGUUCCCUACAUGUCAUAUGACAUCUUCGCCAUGUACCUCAGCCAUUACUAUCGCUUCAAGGUCAAAGGUCACAAAGACUACAAGCACCACUCUCUGCGAACCAUCAACUCAUUUGUGUGGAAAGAGUUCCUCCUGGUGCUCCAUCACAUUGCGCUCCUCACCAUCCUGCUGCCUGUGACUCUGUUCUUCAGGAAGGACCAGGGCGAUUACUUCAUUGGCUGUCUGUUCCUCACAGAGCUCAGCACUCCUUUUGUUUCACUGGGCAAAAUCCUCAUUCAGCUGGGCUUGCAGGACUGCUGGCUGCACAAGUUUAACGGCGGCAUGGUUCUGCUAAGCUUCUUCAUGUGCCGCAUUGCGCUCUUCCCCUACAUGUACUGGGCCUACAGCUCACACUACGGCAUCCCGCUCUACAGCGUCCCCUUCCACCUGCCGCUCGCCACCAACGUGGGCAGCGUCUGCAUCCUGGCGCCGCAGGUCUACUGGUUCGUCCUCCUCUGCCGUAAAGGCUACCGGCUCUACAAGCGGCAGCGAGACGCUCAGAACCAGAGCUCUCCGCUGUCCUCGCCAGAUAUCUCCAAGGCCGACUAGUGAAGUGCUGUCUUCAUCUAGAACAAACAAUCAACCGACGUCACAGCUGAAGGUUACGACACUUACAGUACAACAAGACCUCAUCUUAGAAUUACCCUGUUUCACUCAUAUCUGCUUUAUAUUCCAUUCACGGUGACGUUCCACCUGCAGGGAGCGUGUGUUAGGUCAGUUAUUGAGGGCCGGGAGCUGCUUAUUCCUCCUCAGAUUGGAGUAUCUGUUACAGUCUUUGAAUGUCAUUGGAAUUCUCUGUUACUUUAAUGUGUUUUGAUUUUGUCCCGUGUGAAAUUCUGCCCCCCGUGUGCUCGAAGCACAAAAACACGCUGGUUUAAAUGAGGGAAAUGAAUCCGAUUCAUCAGAUUAAAACCCACAGAGUUUCACAUCCAAGCAACAUUUCAGAUCACUUCCCACUCGACGCCGAUCUCCAUGGCCGCAGUGCUGCUGUUCCUGUUUACAGCUCAUUAGAGUUGUGUGAAUGUGUUUGCACACACACUGCCCUGCUGUGACUGUUUACACUCCUAUAACACGCACCGCCCUUUACGCUCUGGAGGCUGCUAAUGAAUUCUGCUUGGCUUCCGCAGGACUUUCGGGAAUCCAAAAGUCCUCCCAUCCACACGGGGGCAGUAGAAAGCCGGUCCUUCCGUUUACACAGGACUUGAGUCUAUAGGGGGAUGGGGGUCUAAAGAGCGAGCACAUAACGCUUGGCAUAUCUUUUAGGCCACAUUAUGCCCAAAGGCAUCUCCGGGCAGUAGUCAAAGCAAUAACGCGGGGCUUCGAAGCAAGGGAUUGCGAAGGGGUAGUGGGAGAACCCAUGUGAACACAUGGAGAAGUUGCACGCCAGCCUACUCUGAUAGGGCUGGGAUCCUACAGUCUUGGGAAGAUGGAAAAUAUCAGGGAAUUUUACAUUUGUGUGGAAGAGUCAUCAUUUCUGUAGUCCCGUCAUUAUUUUUAGCCCUUUUAUUAUUUCAAAAAUCUCCUUUUAUGACUUCUGUCAUUAGUUUGGUCCAGUAAUCGUGGAUAUCUGUUAAAGGAUCACGUCUGUGAGUGUGAAAUGCUCAUUUUCUAUUAUCGUUUCUAAUAACUGAGCCUGCAGUUUGAGUUGUAGAUAAAUAAUUGUAUUUAAUUACGUUGAUGAGUAUCGCGGUGACACUGGGUGAUUUUGUUGGGUCGUUUCUAGGGAUAAUCUGUUGCGUGUGAGAGCUUGUGUACGUGUGGGCUUAGCAAGGAACUCAAAAACCUUUGUUUUAGGGCUUUUAACACAGCCUGAAGCAUCUUUCAUAAUACAUUUAGUGAAUGCUGGAUGCCAUAUAAAUGCAUCUUAGGAGGUUUUUUUUUCUUCUAGACUCCAUUAAGCACUUUCAGAAGUGCAGAACCGUCAGAUUAAAAUGUAGCUCAGUGUGUACCCAUGCACUCUUAUUUAGUGUGUUUCUGAGACAAACUGGACCUAAAGGUUGCCUUUAGCAAGUGUGCGCGUGUGUGUGUGUGUUUGUGUGUGAGAGACGGAGACUUAUAUAACAGUGUGUAUAAGCGCCCAGCUCACUUUCUAGGAGGUUGAACGGGGUCUUUGCUGGACUGAAAGAGAGAGAAUGUGUGUUUUUGCUCUCCCUUUCGAAAGCUUUAGUACUUUUCAAAACUAACUAUGCAGUCUUGCAGUCUUUCAAGCUGCUGCUUCUUUUUCUUACUUUCGUCGAGGCGGGGGGAUUCAUCUGGCCAUAUUAUACGUAUCUUUUUGGUUAUUCAGUAGUAUAAAAUGCUGUUAAGGUAAAUUCUUUAUUUUUAUUUUCAGGAAAGACAUUUGUUUUGGAAGAAAAAUCCAUAAUCCAGCACCCAACAAGCAUUUAAAAUCAAAUCUAUGGGCAUUAGUAGUUGUUUGUCAUUCCUUUGCUGCUAUAACACUUACAUUCUCAACCCUCCCGCACAAUUCAGUUGCAUUUCAUUGUUUGAAUGAAGUGUUCUAGCAUUAGAGGUCCACAAAUGUUUGGCUUUGUAGUCCAUGUUUCAUGAACUGUAGUUUCAAAACAUAACGAUUUUCCAGCAGGGUUUAUUUAUCCCACGCUUGACUUUUAAAUCGAUAAUCUCUUUUUUUUUUUGUCGGAAUUAAUAGUCUAAUGUCUUCAAGGCCUCCUCUCUCAGCUCAGGGUUUGAUAAAGAUAAUAUCAUUUAUUAUUUAGAGAUGAAAGAUGAGACUGUGAUUUACAAAAGGAUUUACAAAAGACACAUUUAUAUAUUUGAAAAUACUUUUGGGGCUUGGUUGACCAAAGAUACCUUGGCACUUUUUUUGUUUUGUUUUUUGGUCUGAGAUCCACUUCAUUGCCUUUCCCUUGUUGGCCA